CAACAGGUUUUCCACAGAUGCAGGAGAUCAGCAGCACACUGGAGACUGACUCCAGUAAUAAAGAUCAGUGUAUGCUGCUGGACCUGUCCGAAGAACCCGGGGUCACACCAACACCAGCUCCUGUACCUGAACAUCAAGCUCCGGCCACAAGCUCCUCCACAAUGAAUGUUGUGAGCCCACGAGAUGGACCGAUAAACACUCCUGCAGAGAGUACAGGAUCUGUUUUGAUGAGGAGCUAUGAAUGCAGUGUUGAAGAUCUCUGCAGGAUGAUGGAUGAAGUGCAUCUCUCCAGUGAGCCUUGGGUCACACCAACACCAGCUCCUGUACCUCAGUGUCAUCGUUUGGUGUCUAGCUCCUCAAAGCCUCUUCUCCAGCCGGCCACAUUUGUCUUUAUAUCACCACCUGCAUUCGCUUCUCCAGAGAAGAAGAAGAAGAAGAGGAGGUCUCUAAAGCCUGAAUACUCCUACAUUAAAGAUCUCUGCAGGAAGCUGAAGCGACUGCACCUGUCCAGAAAAUACCGUGAGAAGCCGAAACCAGCUCAUGUACCUCAGAAUGAUUUGGUCUCAAGCUCCUCUGAAAUGAAUGGAGUGAGCCCACUAAACAAGCCGAAACCUGUUCUUCAGCCAGCCACAUUUGUUUUUAAACGACGACCUGAAUUUGGUUUUGCACAGAUGGAGGUGAUGAGGAGCUCUUCAAAGACUGACUCCAGUGUUGAAGAGCUCUGCAGGUUGCUGGAUGGACUGCACUUGUCCUGA